AUGCCAGUAUAUUACAUGUCACUAGCACUGACCAUGCUAGACAGAGCAGUCAAAUCUACUCUGAUUUCAGUGCAAGGCUAUUUCACUUUGAUUCUAACAGGUGGCUAUAUUUACUGUGAAAGGCCGUAUUUGUGUGACUACCCAGACUGCGGGAAAGCCUUUGUUCAGAGUGGGCAGCUCAAAACUCACCAGCGCCUCCACACAGGGGAGAAACCUUUCGUCUGCUCGGAGAACGGCUGUUUAAGCAGGUUCACGCAUGCAAACCGUCACUGCCCCAAACAUCCAUACGCCCGGCUGAAGAGGGAAGAGCUCACAGACAGGCUGAAUAAGAAGCAGACAGCUGACAAUAAAGCCGUGGCUGAGUGGCUAGCAAAAUACUGGGAGACAAGAGAACAACGUGCUCCGGGUCUGAAAACCAAGACGAUCCAGAAAACGGAUCAGGAGCAGCAGGACCCGAUGGAGUACCUUCAGUCUGACGAAGAGGACGACGAGGAGAAAAACAGCGCCCACGCAGCGGCUCGCCGCCGGCGCCUCCAGGAACAGCGUGAGCGCAUGCAUGGCGCGUUGGCCCUCAUUGAGCUUGCCAACCUCGCCGUGGCACCGCUGCGACCGUAG